CUGUAAUAAUAAGUUCAUUCUUCGGAUUCAUUGCAAAGUAAAACUAAAGAAAAUGUCACGCGAAUUGAUGGUUCAUGAUAGUGGAGAUACCGUUGGAAACACUCCGCUGGUACUUUUGAGAAAUAUCACCAAGGGAUUGGAUGCCAGAAUUGCCGUCAAAAUCGAAUAUCUGAAUCCAUCGUGCUCAGUGAAGGACCGUAUCGCUAAAACGAUGGUGGACGACGCUGAGAAAGCCGGGAAAAUUGUUCCGGGGAAGACGGUUCUCGUGGAGGGUACCAGCGGAAACUUGGGGAUCGCAUUGGCUCAUAUUGGAAGAAUUCGGGGAUACAAAGUGAUUUUGGUGAUGACCACCGCCAUGAGCAUCGAGCGUCGGGCCAUGCUCCGAGCCUACGGAGCCGAAGUGAUUCUUUCGGAUCCUGCCGAAGGUCAUCCAGGGAUUGUGAAGAAAAUCGAGAUGCUCGUCAGCAAACUUCCCGAUGCAUAUUGCCUCGAUCAGUUCUCAAACCCCUCCAAUCCAGCCGCUCACUACCGUACCACGGGUCCAGAAAUUUGGAAGCAAACUCAAGGGAAAGUGGAUAUGGUUUGCUUCGGAGUCGGCUCAGGUGGGACGGUUACCGGAGUCGGAAGAUAUCUUCGUGCUCAAAAGCAAAAUAUUGGAGUGUACCCUGUGGAGCCAUUCGAGAGCUCGGUGCUGAGUGGAUUCCCGAGAGGUCCACAUAAGAUUCAUGGAAUCGGCGCCGGAUUGAUUCCCGGGAACGUGGAUCGCUCCCUCUUCACUGAAGUCUUUCGUGUCAAAUCUGAAGAUGCUAUGAAAAUGGCUCGCCGGCUCGCCGACGAGGAAGCGAUUCUCGGUGGAAUCUCAUCUGGAGCGAAUGUGGUCGCUGCCGUCGAACUGGCACGUCGUCCGGAAAACAUUGGAAAAUUGAUUGUGACCACUGUGAAUAGUUUUGCUGAGAGAUAUUUCUCCACCGAACUCUACUCAACACUGCUCAGCGAGGUGUCCAAACUGCCAAUAUCGACAGAUGAGCAAGCUGUGGAAAUUGCGAAAAAGUACUUGGGACUGUAACUCUUUUCUAGACAUUGAAGUGAUCACUUUUAUUGUUUGGUAAUGAAAUAAAACCAAUAAAUUUAUGUACAAAAA